AUGCAGGCCUCACCUCCACUCAAGCCGGUUCAGGGAGAAGGCAAGGGUGCCAAGAGUGCAAGCUCCUCAGCCAGCAGCCCGGAUAGCCACGCCCGGCGGCCUGGAGAGGGGCGGGGCUCAGAGCUCGACUGUGAGGCAGGGUGUGGGCGGGACGCGAGGGCGGAGUCUGACGGCGGGCAGGGGAGGAGUUCUGGCGGCGGGGCGGGGUGGGGGCGGAGCUCGGGCCGCGCCGUUCCAGCCUUGGGGGCGGGCCGCGGGUGCCGGGCCCCGUUCCGCCGCGCCGUGCCACUCUUCCGGUCCAGAGUUCCAUCCGGCGCCGCCACCUUCCGCCCGGCGCCGGCUCUCGGCGCGACGGUCGCCCCGUUCCGUCGUCGUGCUGCCCUCGCGGCGCCGGAGCCCGCAAUGUCGGGCCCCAACGGGGACCUGGGCAUGCCGGCGGAGGCGGGCGUGGAAGGCGAGGAUGACGGCUUCGGGGAAGCAGAUGCAGUCACUUGCUGGGGCAGAGCAGAGCUGGGAAUGAAACCCGUGUGCCCCUGCUCUCUCUAAAUCUUGGCUAUGCCACCAACCAGCUGGAGGA